GAAUGGACAUUUUGACCGCUCUGCGAUGUCACUCUACUAGUUCGUUCUCCCUGUACGUACACUCAACAUCGUUUACGUUGUUUGGAGUACACCAUGCCGAGGGUAGUCGCGAAUCAGAAGGAGAAAUUUGAAAGCGACGAGCUGUUUAGGAAACUCAGCCGCGAGUGCGAGGUUCGAUAUACGGGGUUCCGAGACAGGUCGCUCGAAGAGAGGCAAGUUCGAUUUCGGUCGGCGUGUCGGGAAGGACACUCGGAAAUCGCAUUCACCGCUACGGGUUCAAAUUUACAUUUGCAAUUCGCAACCAAUGCCUGGAGCGAAAGCAAAACAGACAGAGUACCUACCAAAGAGUUCGUAGACUUUGAAAAAGAAGCGGGAAAGGUCCACUUACGUUCCCAGUUUAUAUUCAAUGGCGUGUGUGUCAUAUUUAGAGCAUGGAUGGACAUUGAAAGACUUGAUGGUAUUGGUUGUUUAGAAUACGACGCAGAACGAGCACAGAUUGAAGACACAAUAAUGAAACAAACAAUAGAACAAACACAGAGAAGACUUCGAGAGUUCGAAGAAAGGCAAAGAAUACAUCGAGAAGAGCUAGAAAGGAGGGCGGAGGCUGAAGCAGAAGCAAGAAGACAAAGUCACGAGCCAAGUCCUAGCGGGACCAGCAGCAGUAAUGAUUGAACACAUGCAUUUCUGUAAAUAUAUACACUGCCAUAUCAUCGACUCAAGAAAGGAACCACGUUAUUUGUGGAUUUUAAAUCGCAUCAUGAACCUUAAUAUGAGUAACACCUGAACCUAAAUGGCUGCUGCUUUAUUAUGCAAAGACAUUUCGAUAUUACUCAGGCCAUGUAUGAUUCAACAACUGUGACUCGCAUCUUGUAUGAAUGAGAAUCAUUCAGAAUCCCGUUAAUUGUAAUGAAGGGUAUGUCAGUGAUUCUGUGAGCUCAUACUGUAUAUUGCUAUAUUCAGUUAGAACCAUAUUAACAGAAAAGCUUGACCUCCGUCGGUAACAUUGACUGACCAAAGAAUUCCAUAAAUUUAAAAUGUGUCAGUAGUUUUACCCUCCCCCUCCCCUAACCCAAUGUUAUAAAGUAAGGGCACAGUGUGUUAAACCGCUGACAAAGAGCACAUGUCUACUGUCAUCAACGAAGGAGACUACAGGAGAUGGUCGAGAUUGACUCCAUUUAUGUAUCAAAUACACGAGUAUUUUUAGAUGAGGUGUUUCAGCAAUGUUUAUUAAUUUCUGGGCUGUAGUUAUCUUACAAGGGUUAAUGUCUUCAUAACUGUGUCAGUGCGAGUCCCAUGCAACCAAUAGCAUUGUUUUUUAUAGCACGGCUAAAAAGAUUGAGUACAUCCUAUAAAAAAAAUGGACAAAAUAGAUAAGCUGCCAGUCAUUGUGCAAUAUAUUCAUCUAGG